CAAUAUGUCCUCAACGUGGAUAGGCGUCUUACUUCUGGUAGCCACGGUCGUGGUUCAGGGCCAGGAUCCUGGUAGUGUUCAGACACCUACAGCUUUCACAAAAGGUCAAACAACAAAUCUUCACUUAACAAAGGGGGAAAUCAUCGAUUUUGACAAGAGAAUAACAGAAGUGGGAGCUACCUUUGGCAUCAAUUCAACAUUUAUUUGCCAGACACCGGGACUCUAUGCUUUCACUUAUUAUGGCUUGACUGAACAGGACUGGGAGCUCUGGGUUGAAAUGUAUAAAAAUGACGAACUGAUUGCUUCAAUUUAUGGUUACACAUACGCUGAUUAUGCGGAUGCUGGAAAUGCCGCUAUUGUUCACUUAGAUGCUGGUGACAAAGUCUACUUAAAGGCCCAUGAUGACUACGACCAGACUCUGUAUGGACAAGGAAAUGAAGUUUACACAACGUUUACUGGAGAGCUUCUGUAUGCUGAUAAUGUUGAGCUGGACGCUGUUAACGCCUAUGGUGCUGUUGGAUUUUCUGGAGUUAUGACGAUGAACGCCUCUAUCAGUGACGGAUCUGCCGUCAUUUACGACAAGGUCAUCACUAACCUUGGUAAUGGGUAUGACGCCACUACUGGGACGUUCACAGCGCCUGUUGAGGGGACCUACGUGUUCCACUUCCAUGCUUUGUCCCAUUCCGAUGAGGAGGCUUGGCUUGAACUGUUCCACAAUAGCCAAUACGUGGUAGCAUCUUAUGGAUACACUGUGGGGUCUUAUGCCGAUGCGGGUAAUUCUGUUCUUCUUCACCUCAAAAAAGGCGACACAGUCAAAGUGAAGGCCAGGCCUGGUACUGAUGUCAAGCUUUAUGGAGACUCAGAUGAAUAUUACACCACGUUUAGCGGCGCGCUUUUGUCACCAACUCUUCACGGAAGCGGUCAUAACAGUCAGCAAGAAAUAGCCUUCUCCGUUGGUCUGACACAUAAUGAGGCUUCAACAAAUGGUCCAAAAGUGGUUUUCGACAGAGUUUACGUCAACCUCGGACAGGCUCUGAACGUCAACACCGGCGUCUUCACUGCCCCCGUUAGUGGUAUUUACGCCUUCCACUACCAUGUAUUGGCCCAACAAGGAAAGGAAGCCUGGGUAGAGCUUUACCAUAACUAUAAGUACAUCAACUCCCUCUAUGGACACACUUCCGGAAGUUACGGACCGGGAGGUAACUCUGCCACUCUUGAGCUGGUUGCCGGGGACACCGUCUUCCUUGAUAUUCAGCAUCACGACUCCUUUCUUUACGGAGGUGGAGAUGAAGUUUACAGCACAUUUUCUGGUUAUCUCUUAGCGCCAACUGCCAGUCAUCAUCCAGUUGUUGGUUAGACACACUUUUUGUUAAAAUAA